CAUUUAUUUUCCUUUCUAUAUAAACCCAGUCCCACUCGCCCACAGUUUCUCACCAAUUCCUCCUUUUUCUCUCACCCCAAACGCUCCUACCAAAGCAAAAAAGAAACAGCAAUGGCUGCCUCAAGCUCUGCUCUAGGAACUACCAUUUCUCCUGUGAAGCUAGGUAACCCCAGAUCAUCAUCAAACUUCAUUUCAAAGACCAAUCCCAUGUUCCCUGCUUCAUCUUUCAAGCUCAUCAAAAACCCAUCCUUAAAUCUAAGGCACAAGCUUUUUACAUGCAACAGUUUCACAGUUCCCAAACGAUCUUUCACUUGCAAAAGCCAGGCUAUUCCAUCUGAUAACUCAACACCCAAUAAAGUUCAAGAAUUGUAUGUUUAUGAGAUCAAUGAAAGAGAUCGUGGCAGUCCAGCUUAUCUUCGUUUGAGUCAGAAACCUGUUAACUCUCUUGGUGAUCUUGUCCCUUUUAGCAACAAAAUAUACACCGGAGACUUGGAGAAACGUAUAGGAAUAACAGCAGGGAUAUGCAUUUUAAUCGAGAACAAACCGGAAAAGAAAGGUGACCGUUACGAGGCCAUCUACAGCUUUUACUUUGGAGACUACGGUCACAUAGCGGUGCAGGGACCAUAUUUGACUUACGAGGACACGUAUCUGGCUGUUACUGGUGGGUCAGGGAUUUUUGAAGGUGUGACCGGUCAGGUUAAACUGCAGCAAAUUGUUUUUCCCUUCAAGAUUUUCUACACAUUUUACUUGAAGGGUAUUGGUGAACUCCCACAGGAGCUCCUUUGCAAGCCUGUUGAGCCCAACCCUGCUGUUGAAGCCACCCCAGCUGCUAAGGCUUGUGAGUCACAUGCCACCAUUGCAAAUUUCACCAACUAAAUUAGUAUUUUAGUCAAUCUAGUUUGGCAUUGCUAUUAUAAUUUAAUAAUUUCGUCGCGAUCGUGAACUUUAAUCUUAGAACUCUAUCUUAUUUGGUGUUAUGAAUGUGUUUUUAAUUCCGAUAAUCAGAAUAAAUUUGGGUAUUAUGGUUGAUCUUUUAAUUUCGAUGAUCAAGUUUAAAUUU